GCGGCCUUGACCCCCACCUGCCCUGGCCACUCUGCUCCCGCCUCCUGCUGCUCCUCACGCCAGCCCAGGAGGAGCCAUGGGGCGCUGGGCCUGGGUCCCCAGCCCCUGCCCCCCACUUGGGCUGUCCCUGCUCCUGCUGCUGCUGCUGCUGCUGGUGCCUCGAGGGGCUCAGCCCCAGGCUGGCAGGAACCCAACGGAACCCCCAGAAUGUAACGCCACAGUGAUCCCUGGGACUCCCGCGAUCCCCGUAACCUCGGUGACCCCCAGGACCCCAGCCACAGCGACAGCACCCAGGGCAGAGGGACCCCAUGGUGGAGGGCUUACCCACCUGCCCAGGGCAGCCCCCUCCAAUAGCAGCCCUGGGGGCACAGCAGUGCUCACCGAGGCCGGGCAGCCCUGCAGGUUCCCCUUCCGCUAUGGCGGCCGCAUGGUCCACUCCUGCACUACAGAGGGAAGUGCCCACAGGAAGUGGUGUGCCACGACUCACAACUAUGACCGGGACAGGGCCUGGGGCUACUGUGUGCAGGCUUCCACUCCCCGGGAGGGCCCAGCUGCCCUGGACCCAUGUGCCUCUGGCCCCUGCCUCAACGGGGGCUCAUGCUCCAGCACCCAGGACCCCGAGUCGUACCACUGCACCUGCCCCGUGGCCUUCACUGGCAAGGACUGCGGCACGGAGAAAUGCUUUGACGAGAGCCGCUACGAGUACCUGGAGGUGGGCGAUCGCUGGGCCCGCGUGCACCGGGGCCAAGUGGAACAGUGCGAGUGUGCGGGGGGCCAGGUCCGGUGCCAGGGCACCCGCCACACAGCUUGUCUGAGCAGCCCCUGCUUGAAUGGGGGCACCUGUCACCUGAUCGUGGCCACCGGGACCACUGUAUGCGCCUGCCCCCCAGACCACGCCGGGCGGCUCUGCAACAUUGUGCCGGCCCAGCCCUGCUUUGUGGGGAGUGGCACCGAGUACCGAGGCGUGGCCAGCACGGCGGCCUCGGGCCUCAGCUGCCUGGCCUGGAACUCCGACCUGCUCUACCAGGAGCUGCACGUGGACUCUGUGGGCGCCGCGGCCCUCCUCGGCCUAGGGCCCCACGCCUACUGCCGGAACCCGGACAAGGACGAGAGGCCCUGGUGCUACGUGGUGAAGGACAGCGCGCUCUCCUGGGAGUACUGCCGCCUGGCAGCCUGCGGAUCCCUUGCCAGAAUUCAGCCCCCGCCCACCGAGGCCCUGCUGAGCCUGCCUGGGCCCGCGGCAGCUGGACCAGCCGGACGCCAGACCUGUGGCAAGAGGCACAAGAAGAGGAGCUUCCUACGGCCACGCAUCAUUGGUGGCUCGUCCUCGCUGCCCGGCUCCCACCCCUGGCUGGCCGCCAUCUACAUCGGGAACAGCUUCUGUGCCGGGAGCCUUGUCCAUACCUGCUGGGUGGUGUCUGCCGCCCACUGCUUCUCCAACAGCCCCCCCAGGGAAAGUGUCUCUGUGGUGCUUGGCCAACACUUCUUCAACCGCACGACGGCCGUGACGCAGACGUUCGGCAUAGAGAAGUACAUCCCGUACCCCCUGUACUCAGUGUUCAACCCCAGUGACCAUGACCUCGUUCUCAUCCGGCUGGAGAAGAAGGGGGAGCGCUGUGCUGUCCGCUCCCAGUUCGUCCAGCCCAUCUGCCUGCCCGAGCCCGGCAGCACCUUCCCCGCUGGGCACAAGUGCCAGAUAGCGGGCUGGGGCCACCAGGAUGAGAAUGUGAGUAGCUACUCCAGCUUGCUGCGGGAGGCCCUGGUCCCCUUGGUCGCCGACCACAAAUGCAGCAGCCCGGAGGUGUACGGGGCAGACGUCAGCCCCAACAUGCUCUGCGCCGGCUACUUCGACUGCAGGUCUGACGCCUGCCAGGUGAGCCGGGAUGGCCGCCCUGGGAGCGCAGGGCCGGCCGGGAGCACCCCCAGGAUGGGCGCUCACUGUUGCUGGAGGCCCGGGGGCCAGGAGUGGGGUCCCUGCUCACAGGGGGCGGGGAUUGAGGCCCGGGAGGGGCCGGCUCCCAAAGCCCAGGCUCGGGCCAGCUGUCCAGCCAAGGGCAGGGCUGUCCACGUGACGUCGAAGGCCAAACCCCUUUUCACCCAGAGUUCUCCCAAAUGGGCUCAAGCGAUCGGCCGAUCCCAGUGUCCCGUUUCUCAAGGGCUCCUCGGGUCUGCACAUCAGUGCUGAGUUGGAGAAGCUGCUUUACUCCCCACUUUUAUAGGUGGGGAGACUGAGGCCCAGAGAGGUCUGCUCACUCUUCCCAGGUCACACAACUCACAGGUGGCAAAGGGUGGGGGGCUCGGCACUCAACCCCAUGGUACAGCAAGCGCCCUGGGGGAAGCCAAGGGUGGCUUCAUGGAGGAAGGGGCGCUGGCACUUGUCCCAGGGGGUGAACAGGGGUUUGCCAGGUCUGCUGGAGCGCGGGGCCGCCUGGUGCACAUGGUGGGCGGAGGGGGGACCCAGAUGGAGGAGGGCUCUGCUGGUUGUGGAGGCGAGAGGGGGCCGCAGCAGCCCACUAUUGGGAGGGCGCCCUGCCUAUGCGGUUGGGGGAAGGGGGGCAGCCCCCUUACUUGGAAUACCCAUGUCAUCUGUGCCCAAGCUCUCGGGAAGCCCACCUCGAGGGUUGACCCCUCUGGAGGCAUGUUCCGGGUUGGGGCGAGGGAGCCUGGGGUGAGGGGCUGGUGGACUAUUUCAUGGGUGUCGAGGAGCUGAGCCGUGAGUCUCCUGGGCCAGGCCCCAGGCUCUGACCGGCCGCCCUGCGCAGGGGGACUCAGGCGGGCCCCUGGCCUGCGAGAAGAAUGGCGUGGCCUACCUGUACGGCGUCAUCAGCUGGGGUGACGGCUGCGGGCAGUUCAACAAG